GGUCCUGUUGGAGGCAAGGGAGAGAAAGGUGAACGGGGCGACCUGCAGUCGUCGGCGUCGGUUCAGGCCAUCGCCCGGCAGGUGUGUGAGCAGCUGAUCCAGAGCCACAUGGCGCGAUACAACUCCAUCCUGAACCACGUGCCCAGUCCGCCAGUGUCCAUCCGCACCGUGCCAGGGCCCCCUGGAGAGCCCGGUCGCCAGGGACCCCCAGGGACCCAGGGAGAGCAGGGACCGUCAGGAAGACCCGGAUUCCCAGGACAGAGCGGGCAGAAUGGGCAACCUGGAGAAAGAGGUCAACCGGGAGAGAAGGGGGAGAAGGGAUCUCAAGGAGUCGGAGUCCAAGGCCCCAGAGGACCCACAGGACCCCCUGGUCCUCAGGGACAGGGCAGACCAGGAAACCAGGGUCCAUCAGGGCGACCGGGGAAUCCUGGAGCCUCUGGUCGGCCUGGGGUCCCUGGUCCUGUCGGCCCUGCAGGGCCCCCGGGGUACUGUGACCCCAACUCCUGUGUGGGCUACAACGUAGGAGUGCAACUGCCGUCCAACGUUUUCCAGAACUACGGUGAGGCCGAGGAGGACGACCCCUACCGCUACUACCAGCCCAACUACCCAGCCCCCCGACCCGUGUUACCUGACGACCCCGCGUACGCCCUGGACGACAUCGAGCUGACGUCACCCGGCGUCCGCCGCAGCACACGGAGCCUAGAGGGGGAGGAGCAGAGGGUGGGGCCCGAGAGGAGGCUAAAGAGAGGAGUGAAGGCGCUGCCGGGACUAACUAACUGAGAGGAGGUGAUUGGAGGACAGAGGGCAACUAGCUGUUUCUGAUUGGACGGUCUGGAGCCCUCGUGGACUAAUCAACAAGUGCCUGACGUGGAGGGUUUGAUACGGACAUCGGGGGGGGGGGGGGGCGGGGCUAUUUUAACUCAUCUAUACCAUCGAAUUAACUCUGAGAAACCGUUUGAUGUUGUUUUUGUGAUUUUUGUCUCAGCGGAGACACUUCAAAAGAGAACGGAGAUCAAAGUGUCUCCAUGGAAACAGAAUUGACCGUUUCUGCAUCACAUCCAAAGUUUGUAAAACAAAAGGUUCCGUCUCAAAGUAGCAGCUGAUCAUUGACCUGGUUGGUUAAGUGCCUCCUGAUUGUCGGGCUGGAAUCUUCAGUGAUGAUAAAGAGUUGUGUUAAUUCAGUGCAACACAACAACAAACCAACAAACCGUCACUCGUCAUGUGUGUGUCUGUUUUUUAGUUUCCGAGACGUCAGAUUUAACUUCACACUCGAUUAAAGAAAAACUAAUUAUAACAAAUACUCUUGUUCAGAUUUUAUCUACAAACACUGUAUGUCAACAUGUACCCACAAUAUUUAUAACAAGUACACUCUAAAUAAAGAUGGACGACAUCACUGCUCCCAAAAAGUGAAGCCAAAUCAGAAUAUAAACUCCUCCAGGUUGGUAGAUGGGGCAUGGACCAAACAAAACAAUCAAAGUAGACUAUAAAAAACGUUUCUGUCGUUUCAGCUCGUUCUUAUCUCACUGACGUUUGUUCAAGUGUUUCUGAUCAGUUUGGUUUGAAUCAGUUAUUUGAGAUGUCAAGAUUGACGGCCGAGACUGACUCAGGAUUGGUCGAGCAAGUGUGUGGGCGGGAUGAUUGCUGCUGCACAGACUCUGAAGCACAGACGAUGUCGGUCCCGGAUAUUUUGGCUUCAUCUUUGUGGGAGGAUGUGGAGAUGUGUCGUCCAACUUUAUUUACAGUCGAUGGUUUUUGACAAAGCCAAAUUAGAAAAUCAAAGAGAUUUGCUUUGAUCUGUAAUAACAACUAAAACUUUAAAAUCUCAGUUUCUUUUACAUCUGUUUAUUUUUAUUUUUUUAUUGUUAUGGCUCCAAUUUGUGCAGCCGCUCAGAAAACAGUAAAAACUGUUAUUUAUGUCUUUUUUUUGUUGCAUGGUUUAGUCUUUUCCAUUUUUUCUGUGAUGUAUCGUUUCCUUUCAUUGGUCUUGGAUCUUGGAGCCAUGGACACAUUUUACCGUUUCGUAUAAAGAUCAUUUUAUGACGUGUGCAGUUUUUGUCGCAGUGUUAAGCUCAUGCUAAUGUCGCUCUGUAUCUGAGAAGAAUCGAGUUGUAGGGACAAACUGUAAAAGCGCGAAAUGAGAGUUAUUAUUAUAUUUCCUUGUAAAUUUGUUUUUGUUGUUUCUGGAUGUUGAACCAGCGGAGGCUGUCGGACGAAAGAAAAAAAAUGGUUUCAUUCUUACCACUGACGGCUGUUUCCCUCCGUCUGGAUUCUGUUUUCAUAUCUUUGGAUUUUGUCACAUUCAUCAUGAAGCUUUGAUUUAAUUUGAGUCUCCGGGUCUCGAUUAUUAAUUUUUUCAUAUUUUAUGCAGAACGCAGAGACGGAGACAUUGUUUCUGUUUGAAGCUGAAACGUGUUCGGUUGCAUUUAUUCAUUUGAUUUGUUUCGCUGCUGGAAACCAGUUUUAUGAACAGGCCCAGUUAUUGCCUCAUUUAUUUACCUCUUGAAAUGUGUUUUUCCAUUUUCUAAAUUUCCUGGAAUUCAAGUUCAGUGUGGACGUCGUCAGUGUCGCUGAGGCCUUCAGGUCUGUGAGGAGAACACAAAUGUUCCUCUGCACCUCGGACCAGGUUCUUUAAAAUAUAAAAUCAAGGGAGUAAUUUAUUUUUUACUUGGUAUUGAUUUUCUCAGAACAAUAAAACUGAAGUA